ACUGUUCGGGGCUUCGGAAGAUUUUUCUUCUCAGCCUCCCCAAACCUACAUCCUCUACCCGCACAAGGCGUCUACUUAUAUCUAUACUCGAGUAUAUCUACGCUACCUGCUCCCCAGAGGACGAGCGCAGAUUGGGUCAGGGCAAGAUUAAGAAACACACACGGUAGAGAGAGAAAGAAGAGUAAGAAGGAGCGACGUAAUGGCUUUGACUUCACCGACACCAGAGCAACUGACCGUAGAGUCAUGGAGUAUGUACAGUGUUGGGAUAUUGUUGAUCAUUGGGAGGAUGUGAGCUUCUUUCUUCAUUUCAUCCCUUUGCUUCUUCAGAGAGUUUGACAAAUGGAGCUUUGAAACGCUAACUCCUCGAAUAAAAACCACCAGAUACUCCCGCUGUCUAAUUCUCAAUGGUUUCCGUAAUCUCCAAACAGAAGACUACCUCAUGAUCUUCAAUGCUGUCAGUUUCUACCCCGACUAUCAGAGCCAUAUCUCUGACUAACGUAUCCUAGACAAUGUACACAAUCCUCAUGGCCGCGAUCAACGUGUCCGGCCGCACCGCUACAAACCUUAUGGAGCCAGGAACCCUGGAAACCCUUACGCCCGAGGACAUUGAAACCCGGAUAUACGGCAGCAAGAUCGUGAUCCUGCUGGAGCAGGCCAUGUUGAUAUUAAUAUGGGGCAUCAAGGGAUGCAUGAUACUAAUGUACAAUCGUCUAACGUAUGUGUCCUUGAUCCCGUGGCGGCGGGUGGGAGGCGGAGGAAGCUGAUUUGAUAUCCAUGUGGGAUGGUUUAGCACCCGUCUGCAGCAACAGAUGCUGGUGAGGGCUGUUGGAGGUUAUAUCGUUGUUGGGUUCGUUUCGAUAGAGUUGGCUUGGUUUUUGAGUUGUCGGCCGUUUAACGGGUAUUGGGCAUUGCCGGUUCCUAUGGGUACGAAGACUCUUUUUGGGGUUUUUGUGCUACAUGAGGGCUGACAGAGAUGUUAUGGUUCUAGAGCAAUGCGCGACAUACCAGCACUAUUCGAUUGUUCAGGCGUGCUUCAACAUCUCAUCGGAUUUGAUGAUGCUGGGCAUCGCUAUACCGCUAUUCCUUAAGGCUAGAGUGCCUACCAAGAAGUAUGUCACCAGUUAUCACUCUACUCCCCCCUCCAAAAAAAGAAACCUUUGAUAUCAGAUAAACUAACCCCCGCCACCCAAAUACAGAAAACUAAUCCUGGUUGGCAUUUUCGGCUGUGGUAUCUUCGUCGUAAGUUCCUCCCUUCCCUUUAACCCCCUUUUAAAAACGGAGACUAAGGAGGGGAAAAUCAUAGAUUCUCGCUGCAAUCCUAAACAAAUACUACAACUUUUCCAACCCUUUCACUACUAUAUACAUGCUGUGGUACAUCCGGGAGGCUUCGACAGCGGUCUACGUCUCUAACCUGCCGAUGCUAUGGCCCCUCUUCCGACGAGUCUUCAACAUCGGCUCAUUCCAGGAACGCUCGACUCCCAAAUACGGCUCCCAACCGCUAUCAGACAUGUCCAAGAAGAAGGGCACGCUGACAUCUUUGGCGGGUAGCGAGGACCGGAUCACGCGCGAGCCGGCACUCGAGAUCGAUCAGAGGAUCUCCUUCACGGUCGAGGAGUAUAGGCGUGAAGGGAAGGGCGGGGAUGUGGACGUUGAGAUGGCGAGCAAAGAGAGUCAGGAGAGUAUUCGCUCGCAGGGCGGGUAUGGGAGGGGGGUUUGUGCGCACAAUUACAAGGCUGAGGUCUCGGUCGGUGCCCCGUGAUUUUGGAAUGCCUGUCUGUCUCUUUCUUUCUCAUCUUCGGGUUGGCUUUUUUUUGGGGGAUAUAUAUUUUUUACCUUGUUAGAAAUGGGAGGAUUUUUUUUGGGAGGUUAUACGAUUUGGAUGGCUUGCGCUUGAUGAUGGUCUUACGGAACUGAAACAUAUUGUAUCUGUUACAUUUGCGCCUCCGCAGGAGAAAAAGUAGGAGAGGGAAGCGGAGGUGUGGGGGGGGGGGAACAUUUAUUGAUAUAGGCUAAGUGUUGAACUCUCUGUAUAGUAGUAUAUUCAUUUUAAACCAUACCCGCAGAGCGCGGUAAAACAG